AUGAAACAGAAUUGUAACAAAUAUACAAUGCUAGUCUAGUAGAUUUUACUUGGAAAGCAAUAAAAUAUGAUGAUUUAGUUGAAGGCUCUAGAUGGAUGCAAAUUGGCUCUAUUUAUUAUGGCUUUAAUUAUGAUGGACUUAUAUACGAUACAAGCACAAAUACUACUUUUCAAUAUUAUUAAAUUCCUUAAGAUUGUCCAUAUGUUGGGCCAUAUAAAUUAGAUAUCAGAUGCAGGUUUUAUUAUCAACCAACUAUUGAUAGUAUUUCAACAGUAGUUUUCCCCCCCUAAAUAAACUAUGGGAAUGGAUCAUAGUAUUUUGCCACAAAUUUUUGCUAAAGAAGAGUUAAAUAUGAAAACUAAAAUCCUGACUCAGAUAACUAUAUCUAUGCGCUGUUAUGUAUAACAUUAAAUUUACAAGUUAUACCUAGCUAUUUCAUAAAUUUCAGUUAAAAUUCUAAGUUUUAAAUGCUCUUAGAUCCAAAAUAAUUGA